CCCGCCGGGGCCGCCCCCUCGGCCGGGGGGAGCGGGCCGGGCCGGGGCGGCCCCGCACACCUGCGGCACGGCGCUAAGCCCCGGCCCCCGGUUUCCUGCCCGCGCUCCUCCCCCGGCUCCCCCGGGCCCCGCACGGCCAGAGCCGCACGGCCCGGCCCGGCCACUCACACCCAGCGCGGCCCGAGCCAGGCGGGACGUGCCCGGGAGCGGCGGAGAGACACAAGGUUCCCUAGAAGAUGGGCGACUGGGGUUUCCUGGAGAAACUGCUGGACCAAGUUCAGGAGCACUCGACCGUGAUCGGGAAGAUCUGGCUCACCGUCCUCUUCAUCUUCCGCAUCCUCAUCCUGGGCUUGGCCGGGGAGUCCGUCUGGGGGGACGAGCAGUCGGAUUUUGUGUGCAACACCAAGCAGCCAGGCUGCACCAACGUUUGCUAUGAUAAAGCCUUCCCCAUCUCCCACAUCCGCUACUGGGUGCUCCAGUUCCUCUUUGUCAGCACCCCAACUCUGAUUUACCUCGGCCACGUUGUCUAUCUCUCCCGGAAGGAGGAGAAGCUGAAGCACCAGGAGAGCGAGCUUCGGGCUAUCCACAGCAAGGAUCCGAAGAUUGAGCAGGCCCUGGCAGCUGUGGAGAAGAAGAUGUCCAAGAUCUACAUGACAGAGGAUGGGCGGCUCAAGAUCCGCGGGGCGCUGAUGUGGACAUACAUAAUGAGUGUGAUCUGCAAGAGCAUCUUUGAGGCUGGCUUCCUCGUCGGGCAGUGGUACCUGUACGGCUUCUCCAUGGUGCCCCGCUACGUGUGCAAGAGGGACCCCUGCCCCCAUCAGGUGGACUGCUUCAUCUCCCGCCCCACUGAGAAGAGCAUCUUCAUCAUCUUCAUGCUUGUGAUGGGCCUGAUCUCCUUAAUCCUGAACCUCAUGGAGCUCUUCCACCUCUGCUGCAAGAACCUGCUUAGCAACAUCAAGAAGGUGUCGGUGCCGGCCGGCCCAAGCCGGGACACCUUUGCUGACGACAUGGUCUCAGGUCCCUACCCGCCCAAGCACUACCCCUUCCUGCCCAUGGCCGAGAGCCAUGCACCAUCCUACCAGGCCUACAACAAGCUCUCCAGUGAGCAGAACUGGGCCAACUUCCACAACGAGGAGAACCUGGCGCUGGGCAGUGGGAGCAGACCCCUCUCGGACCCCUACGCCCCCAGGGCUGCCGAAGCACCCGCCCUGGAGGAGAAGCUGUGCAGCCGGCCUGGGAGCUCAGCCUCCAAAAAGCAGUAUGUCUAGUGCCGGGCUGGCCCCAGCCGGCUGAGGGGACCUUCCUUGGUCCCUUGUGCCUGCGAAGGUGCUGGCCGUGGGCAGGCAGCUGCCUCCUCCUGCCUGGUGCUGUGCCUCACGGAGGAGCCCCGGGGAGACCUGCCUGCCCCUGGGACACGAUGCUCGGGAGCGGGGCUGAGCGGAGUCUCCGCUCUCUCCUAUUUUCCCCACAGACCCUGCAAGGAAGGAAACUGCAGAAAGUUCCCCGGGACGGCGUGUCCCACAUGCCUCGCCGUGGGAAAGGGAGAAAUCCCUGGAGCCAUGCGGCUGGGAACAGGCUGUCCCCGGGGCCGCAGGGGGAGGCUGCUGCCCCUCGGGAGCCGUAGCUUGGCCGGACCCUGGGGCUCGACCGAGCCCCCGCUGGCGUGAGAGCCGGGCAUGCGGCCGUGGGAAGCCACUCGCCUCCGCAUGAAACGGGCUGAGCCCGGGAGGGCUGGGGGGAGCUGGGCUGGGGCAGCGCUGCCGGACGGGUCCUGGACACCAGCCCCAUCCUGUUCCUGUCACCCCGGCAGGGAGCCAGCGGUCCAGCGGCUCCUGCCCCGGGGUUUGUUGCAGGAGCUGCCCCUUCCCCACGGAGCACGGCGGGGUGAAGCUGCCGGCAGCUCUCAGCCGGGGCUCUGCGGUGACCGGCUGAUCCCGAUGGCUGCAGGGUCACCGCUCGGGUGCCCAGGGAGUGUGAGCUCCCCCCGCCUUCUGGCCCUGGACCCUUUCCCAUGUGAUGUGUGUCUCUAAGUUAUUUUUAACCUGCUGGCCUUACCACAGAGCUUUCUGCCUUAAAGGUGCAGCUGUGCAGGGGAUUUGGGGAGUCGAGUCCAGCCCGGCCACGCGCCCUUGAGCCCUGUGAUUUUUUUGGGGAGGAAUUAGCCUAGCAACUGCUGGUUUGGGGAGUUAUUGGUUUUAUUACUUUGCACUAGUCAUCUCCUGCUGUGGGCUGAGGUGCUGGAGGGCACCGAAGAACCAACCGCUGCCCUGAGAGCGGUUGCCCCGACAUCCCCAGCCCACCGAUGCUGUGAAAGGGAAAGGUCUUGUGGUGACUGGGGGCUGUGGGUCCUGGGUGACCCAGACACGAGCGUGGGACACAGACUUUGCUCCUCAAUGCUGUUUCCUUUCCCCCUGGCAGACUCAGUGUUGCAUCUUGUUGAAUA